ACAAUCACAAAAAUGGCAAGAACAACUUUGCAAACAUUAACCUCACUAUUUCUAACCAUUUAUCUUCUACUAAUAAUCCUAAACCAAGUAAAACCAGCAAAAGCAAAACUCAACCAAACACAGUUUAUCAGUGAAGUCUUAGAAGGGCAUAAUGCAGCUAGAAAAGCAGUAGGAGUAGCACCUUUAAGGUGGGAAAAUUUACUCUCUGUAUAUGCAAGGAUAUACUCGUCGAGGAAGAGGCGAUUCGACUGCGAAUUGAUCCAUUCUACAGGCUAUUUUGGGGAGAAUUUGUUCUGGGGACAAGGGCGACGAUGGACGGCAAAGGAUGCAGUUGCUGCAUGGGUGGCCGAGAAGAAAUGGUAUAACUACAAUAACAACUCUUGUAAUGGACCUGAGUGUGGACAUUACACUCAGAUUAUUUGGAAGGAAACUAAGUUGGUAGGUUGUUCCAAGAUUAUAUGUGAUAGUGGUGAUAGUUUCAUUACUUGUGAGUACUAUCCUACAGGAAAUUAUGUAGGGGAGAAGCCAUACUAGAAUGGAGUAAUUUGCAUGCCUAAUAAUAUAAUGGCUAAUAUGUUGUGUUUGUUAUAGCUUUGUUACUUAGAUUUGGAUCUGGUGUGUGUUAGAUACUGGUACGUCUCUAAGUGUCAAACUUUAAUAAUACUACAUGAAAUAAUUUCAUGUUUUUGGUCGAAAAAUAAAAUGUACGUAUCAAUAUUAUUGUUUGGGUGUUGAU